AUGAUGAUGAACAGCAAACCCACCUCCGCCACUCAAGGUCCUUCGGAAGCCGACAUGCAGGUGCUCCUUCAAAUCGAUCGCUACAUGGGUCAGUUUGGCAAGGUCGAACAGAAGGCUUUCCGCCUCGAGAUGGAAGCCGAACUGGGCAAAGAUUGGUACUUGCAAUCGAACGAUGCCGUAGCCAUGGCUGUUGCAAAGAAGUCCCACAACACCAAGAAUGGUCAUGUCGCAUUCGGAGGCGGCGGUCGUCAUCGUCGUAGUCGCGGCCGUCUUCAUGCCAUCAAGAAAACCAAGGCUGUCCAUACUCCCGAUGGCAGCUUUCCACGCCGUUAUGAUUUCGUUCCCUUUUGCAUCUCGGUCCCAAACGAGGUGGAUAUGGCUCCAACAACAAUUGAGUACGAACGGGAACACAUUUUCUACCUUCAGGAGCAACCCAGCAGCGCAACAUCCAUUAUCAGCGGCACCAUCGGAUUCAAGGAUGGCAAGCCUCAGGGCCACAAGCGCACGUCAACCUUGUCCACGUUGGGAACAUCCUGCUCUACUGAGUGCUACGAUCACAACAGCAUUUCAGCCAGUGAGAUUGGGCACUUUAUCAACGAAGACAAUGUCCAUGUCGAGUUCAAUGUGUACGAGGCGGACGAUGACAACAUGUCCUCCUCCUCUUUGGAGAGUGAUCUUACGGACAGCGAUGACGAGGAGGAGACGGAAGAGGUGGCUGAAAAGAUCCAGGGUCCUGUGAGCGGACGAUUGGCUUGGUUGUUUGCCAAGAAGAAUUCGGGACGUUCCAGCAGCAUUCCUGCCAAGAAGUCCGAGCCAGCGAGCAACCCCCGUGACCGCGUUCAGCGCAUCAGCCAAGUUAAACGCAAUCGCCGCUUCCGUGCCUAUUCCGCCGUGCAAGGAAACUGA